GUGCUUUAAAAGACAAGCAUUGCUAUUUUUCGCUCUACAAUCAGGAAAUAAAGUCGCGACAAUUCGCUCUCCGACGAUUCGUCAUGACUGUGCUCAAUGUGCUGCUCGUCUUGUGUUCGAUCCAAUCCUUCGCGAAUGGGAUGGGUUUUCGCGGAUUCACCUACCGCGGUCUAGAGGAGCCGAAACCGAUAGGACCCUACAAGGACCAGGUGAUCGAAGGCUGGAUCACUCAACCGCUCGAUCACUUCAAUCCCCGUGAAAAUCGCACUUGGUCGAUGCGUUACUAUGAAAACUCCGCGUUACUGAGAGCAAACGGGCCUAUCUUGAUCACGAUCGGCGGAGAAUGGACGAUAUCGACUGGAUUUCUACAGGGUGGACUGAUGUACGAGAUCGCGUCCGUUCACGGUGGCAUGAUGUAUUACACGGAGCAUCGCUUCUACGGGAAGAGCAGGCCGACAAAGGACACCAGCGCGAGCAACCUGCGAUACCUGAGCGUCGACCAAGCGCUCGCCGAUCUCGCGAAUUUUAUCGAAACGAAGAAGAAAGAGAAGAAUUUGGAAAACAGUCCUGUGAUAGUGUUUGGCGGCUCCUACGCCGGCAACAUGGCGACGUGGGCACGACUCAAGUAUCCUCAUCUCAUUCAGGGCGCCCUAGCUAGCAGCGCGCCGAUUUAUGCGAAAGCCGAUUUUUAUGAGUACUACGAAGUGGUGACGAGAUCGCUCGGCAGGCACAGCGCGCAAUGUGUGGCGGACGUAAAGACUGCAUUCGAGUCGGUGGAGGAGCUGUUGGCCGCGCAAGGCGGCCCCGAGAAGCUCAAGGUUUAUUUCGACUUAUGCAACGUGCCGGAUGUGAAGUCUCCGAGUGAUCUCGGAAGCUUGAUGAAUUCAUUAGCAGAGGUAUUCGCUGAAAUCGUCCAAUACGACAAAGUGGAGAAUGGACGCACGAAGAUCGCGGCGUUGUGCGCCGAGAUGACAGCGACGCAUCUUGGCAGCCCUCUGCAGAGACUUGCGCGUGUCAUCGCGAACUCGGAUCCGGGUUCGGCUUGCUUCGAUAUGAGUUACAAGAAUGUCAUAAAGAAAUACCGCGAUAUCUCAUGGGACUCGCCUGCGGCAGCCUCUGCCAUGAGACAGUGGUAUCAUCAAACCUGCACGGAGUACGGUUACUAUCAGACUACCAGCUCGGAUAAGUCGAUCUUUGGAACGCUCUUCCCGCUGAGUUACUUCACCGACAUGUGUAUCGAUUUGUACGGCGAUUACUACAACGAAAAGUUGCUGGAUUCGCGAGUGAAGAGGACGAACAUGAUGUACGGAGGGCAGCGACCGGAUUUGACGAACGUGAUUUUCACGAACGGCGAUAUCGACCCGUGGCAUGCUCUAUCGGUGUUGGAAGAUCUCAACGCUUACGCCCCAGCUAUUCUCAUCAACGGCUCUUCGCACUGUCGCGAUCUCUACAGCGACGCAGACACGGACGUGGAGGACUUGAAGAAAGCCAGAGCGAAGGUUCGCAGCAUAAUCGGCAAGUGGCUCUCUUCCGUGAAGGAAGUCCUCGUCAGGAAUAAGGACGAUGAAUAAGGCUUCAGGUUCCUUUCCAUCUAAUGCAUCGAUUAUGAUACGUUUACAAAAGCUAUGUACAAUACUUGAGAUACUUGCAUGUGCACCACACGUUACGAUAAAUCUAGUAGCUACCAAAUACAAAAUUUAUAUUACGCCCACUUGACACCAGUGCUGUAUAAUUCUAAAAAAAAAAAAA